AUGCUGUCUCUCUGGAUGAUAUCCAUGGUAUGUGUGGGAUUUGGCUCCUUCUGUGCAGGGAAAGGUGGUCUGGAGUUCCCUACCUUUGACGGGAAGGAUCGUGUCCUCAGCAUCAACAAACGGAACUACAAAAAGGCGUUGAAGAAACACGACAUGUUGUGUGUCCUCUACCACGAGCCUCUGUCAGCUGACAAGGGCCUUCAGAAGCAGCUGCACAUGACCGAGAUGGUUCUCGAGUUGGCUGCUCAGGUUCUGGAGGACAGAGACAUUGGGUUUGGACUCGUUGACUCCCGUAAAGACGCCAAAGUGGCCAGAAAACUAGGGCUGGAAGAGGAGGGAAGUAUCUACACAUUUAAAGAUGAUCGGCUCAUUGAGUUUGAUGGAGAACUCUCAGCAGACACUCUGGUGGAGUUUCUACUGGAUCUACUGGAGGACCCGGUGGAGCUCAUCAGCAACUCGCGAGAGCAGCGGGCCUUUGAGCGCAUGGAGGGACAAACACGUCUCAUUGGCUACUUCAAAGGGGAGGAGUCAGAACAUUAUAAAGCCUUCCUGGAGGCCGCUGAACAGUUCCAACCUUAUAUUAAGUUCUUUGCAACUUUCGACAAAGCAGUGGCAAAGCAUCUGACAUUGAAGAUGAAUGAGGUUGACUUCUAUGAGCCCUUCAUGGAGGAGCCCGUUACCAUUCCUGGAAAGCCCAACACUGAGAAUGAGAUUGUAAGCUUUGUCAACACACACAGAAGGCCAACAUUGAGGAAAUUGCGCUCUGAAGAUAUGUUUGAGACCUGGGAGGACGACAUGGACGGAAUACACAUCGUUGCAUUCGCUGAGGAGGAGGACCCUGAUGGCUAUGAGUUCCUGGAGAUCCUCAAGGAAGUGGCGCGAGACAACACCAACAACCCCGACCUGAGCAUCGUGUGGAUCGACCCUGAUGACUUCCCUCUGCUCACCACAUAUUGGGAAAAGACCUUCAAUGUGGACCUCUUCAGACCACAAAUUGGAGUGGUGAAUGUAACUGACGCAGACAGUGUGUGGCUGGAUAUUGCCAGCGAUGAAGCCUUGCCAUCCGCUGAGGCCCUUGAGGACUGGAUAGAAGACGUGUUAUCUGGGAAGAUAAACACAGAGGAUGAUGAUGACUCAGGUAGUCGCGAGGGAGAGUAUGAAGAUGAAGAGGAGGAGGAGGAAGAGGAUGAGGAAGAUGUUGAUGACGCAGAUGAUGAUAAUGAUUGACUCUAAAGGUUUAAUAACAAUGGUAACAUAUAGUGUAAUUUAAAGAAAUAAUAGCUGACAUGUUUUAUGCGAAGGAACUGAAUCAUUCAGCAAGUUAGAUUACUUUCAUUGAAAUUAAGUUAGUGUUAAGUGGUCAAAGAUGAUAUUUGUUUUUGUUCUUUUGUGAUGUUGUUUUACGCAUCUCAUGAUCAAGAAAUAAAAUGUUAAAUCUGCAUUUUAAAAUCAAUUUAAUGGGAAAAAUAAAGAAUUGUUGAUC